CUGCCGCCCGCGCGGGCGCUGCCCCUGUUGCUACUGCUAGCGGGGCCCGGGGCUGCAGCACCCCCUUGCCUGGACGGGAGCCCGUGUAUGAAUGGAGGUCGCUGCACCCAGCUGCCCUCCCGGGAGGCUGCCUGCCUGUGCCCACCAGGAUGGGUGGGCGAGCGGUGCCAGCUGGAAGACCCCUGCCAUUCGGGCCCCUGUGCUGGCCGGGGCGUCUGCCAGAGCUCCGUGGUGGCAGGCACCGCCCGGUUCUCCUGCCGCUGCCCCCGUGGCUUCCGAGGUCCCGACUGCUCCCUGCCGGACCCCUGCCUCAGCAGUCCCUGUACCCAUGGUGCCCGCUGCUCGGUGGGGCCCGAUGGCCGCUACAUCUGCUCCUGCCCACCUGGCUACCAGGGCCGCAGCUGCCGAAGCGAUGUGGAUGAGUGCCGGGUGGGAGGGCCCUGCCGCCAUGGUGGCACCUGCCUCAACACGCCUGGUUCCUUCCGCUGCCAGUGCCCAGCUGGCUACACGGGGCCACUGUGUGAGAACGCUGCGGUGCCCUGCGCCCCCUCGCCGUGCCGUAACGGGGGCACAUGUAGACAGAGUGGCGAUCUCACCUAUGACUGCGCCUGCCUUCCUGGGUUCGAGGGCCAGAACUGUGAAGUGAAUGUGGACGACUGUCCAGGACACCGAUGUCUAAAUGGGGGGACAUGUGUGGAUGGCGUCAACACCUACAACUGCCAGUGCCCUCCUGAAUGGACAGGCCAAUUCUGCACGGAGGACGUGGACGAAUGUCAGCUGCAGCCCAACGCUUGCCACAAUGGGGGCACCUGCUUCAACACUCUGGGUGGCCACAGCUGUGUGUGUGUCAAUGGCUGGACAGGCGAGAGCUGCAGUCAGAAUAUCGAUGACUGCGCCACGGCUGUGUGCUUCCAUGGGGCCACCUGCCAUGACCGUGUGGCCUCGUUCUACUGUGCCUGUCCCAUGGGCAAGACUGGGCUUCUGUGUCAUCUGGAUGACGCCUGCGUCAGCAACCCCUGUCACGAGGAUGCUAUCUGCGACACGAACCCCGUGAAUGGCCGGGCCAUCUGCACCUGUCCACCAGGCUUCACCGGCGGGGCAUGUGACCAGGAUGUGGAUGAGUGCUCCAUUGGUGCCAACCCAUGUGAGCACCUGGGCCGGUGCGUGAACACACAGGGCUCGUUCCUGUGCCAGUGCGGCCGUGGCUACACUGGCCCGCGCUGCGAGACCGACGUCAACGAGUGCCUAUCCGGGCCCUGCCGCAACCAGGCCACGUGCCUCGACCGCAUAGGCCAGUUCACCUGCAUCUGCAUGGCAGGCUUUACAGGCACCUAUUGUGAGGUGGACAUGGAUGAGUGUCAAAGCAGCCCGUGUGUCAAUGGUGGGGUCUGCAAGGACAGAGUCAACGGCUUCAGCUGCACCUGCCCCUCAGGCUUCAGUGGGGCCAUGUGUCAGCUGGAUGUGGAUGAGUGCGCAAGCACACCCUGCCGGAAUGGAGCCAAGUGCGUGGACCAGCCCGAUGGCUACGAAUGCCGCUGUGCAGAGGGCUUCGAGGGCACGCUGUGUGAGCGCAACGUGGACGACUGCUCCCCGGACCCGUGCCACCAUGGGCGCUGUGUGGACGGCAUUGCCAGCUUCUCGUGCGCCUGCGCCCCGGGAUACACAGGCACGCGCUGUGAGAGCCAGGUGGACGAGUGCCGCAGCCAGCCCUGCCGCCACGGGGGCAAAUGUCUAGACUUGGUGGACAAAUAUCUCUGCCGCUGCCCUCCUGGCACCACAGGAGUGAACUGCGAGGUGAACAUUGAUGACUGUGCCAGCAACCCCUGCACCUUUGGAGUCUGCCGGGAUGGCAUCAACCGCUAUGACUGUGUCUGCCAGCCUGGCUUCACAGGGCCCCUUUGCAACGUGGAGAUCAACGAGUGUGCGUCCAGUCCGUGCGGUGAUGGAGGUUCCUGUAUGGAUGGGGAAAAUGGCUUCCACUGCCUCUGCCCUCCCGGCUCCCUGCCCCCACUCUGCCUCCCCCCGAGCCAUCCCUGUGCCCAAGAACCUUGCAGUCAUGGUGUCUGCCACGAUGCACCCGGAGGGUUCCGCUGUGUGUGUGAGCCUGGCUGGAGUGGUCCCCGAUGCAGCCAGAGCCUUGCUCGAGAUGCCUGUGAAUCGCAGCCCUGCCAGUCCGGCGGCACCUGCACCAGCGAUGGAAUGGGCUUCCACUGUACCUGUCCCCCUGGUGUCCAGGGCCGUCAGUGUGAGCUGCCAUCCCCCUGUGCCCCGAACCCCUGUGAGCACGGGGGCCACUGUGAGUCUGCCCCGGGCCAGCUGCCUGUCUGCUCCUGCCCCCCCGGCUGGCAAGGCCCACGAUGCCAGCAGGAUGUGGAUGAAUGUGCUGGCCCCUCACCCUGUGGCUCCCACGGUACCUGCACCAACCUGGAGGGGAGUUUCAGCUGUACCUGCCAUAGGGGGUAUAGUGGCCCUUCCUGUGAUCAGGACAUCGAUGACUGUGACCCCAACCCCUGCCUGAAUGGUGGCUCCUGUCAGGAUGGCGUGGGCUCCUUUUCGUGCUCCUGCCUCCCUGGCUUCGCUGGUCCCCGUUGUGCCCGAGAUGUGGACGAGUGUCUCAGCAGCCCCUGUGGCCCGGGCACCUGCACCGACCACGUGGCCUCCUUUACCUGCACGUGCCCACCUGGUUAUGGAGGUUUCCACUGUGAGCAGGACCUACCGGACUGCAGCCCCAGCUCCUGCUUCCAUGGCGGGACCUGCGUGGACGGCGUGAGCUCGUUCAGAUGCCAGUGCCGCCCCGGCUACACUGGCGCACACUGCCAGCACGAGGCCGACCCCUGCCUCUCUCGGCCCUGUCUGCACGGGGGCGUCUGCACUGCUGCCCACCCUGGCUUCCGCUGCACCUGCCCGGAGGGCUUCACUGGCACGCAGUGCCAGACGCUGGUAGACUGGUGCAGCCGCGCGCCCUGUCAGAACGGGGGUCGCUGCGCCCCGACCGGGGCCACCUUCUACUGCCUUUGCCCUCCGGGGUGGAGCGGCCGCCUCUGUGACAUCCGGAGUGUGCCCUGCAGGGAGGCCGCAGCCCAGCUCGGGGUACGGCUGGAAGAGCUGUGUCAGACAGGUGGGCGGUGUGUGGAUAAGGACAAUUCCCACUACUGCGUGUGCCCAGAAGGCCGCACGGGCAGCCACUGUGAGCAGGAGGUGGACCCCUGCUUGGCCCAGCCCUGCCAACAUGGGGGCACCUGCCGAGGCUACGUGGGGGGUUAUGUGUGUGAGUGUCCAGCUGGCUACACGGGGGACAACUGUGAGGAUGAUGUAGACGAGUGUGCCUCCCAGCCCUGCCAGCACGGUGGCUUCUGCAUUGACCUUGUGGCCCGCUAUCUCUGCUCCUGCCCCCCAGGAACACUGGGCGUGCUCUGUGAGAUUAAUGAGGACGACUGUGGCCCAGGCCCACCCCUGGACCAGGGCCCCCGGUGCCUGCACAAUGGUACCUGUGUGGACCUGGUGGGUGGCUUCCGCUGCACCUGCCCCCCCGGGUACACUGGCUUGCGCUGUGAGGCGGACAUCAAUGAGUGUCACCCGGGUGCCUGCCAUGAUGCACACACUCGGGAUUGUCUGCAGGACCUAGGUGGGGGCUUCCGCUGCAUUUGCCGAGCAGGCUUCACAGGUCCCCGCUGUCAGACUGUCCUGUCUCCCUGCGAGUCCCAGCCGUGCCAGCACGGAGGCCAGUGCCGUCCCAGCCCAGGCCCUGGGGGUGUGCUGACAUUUACCUGUCACUGCAUUCCGCCGUUCUGGGGCCCGCGUUGCGAGCGGGUGGCGCGCUCCUGCCGGGAGCUGCAGUGUCCGGCGGGCGUCCCGUGCCAGCAGACGGUCCGUGGGCCGCGCUGCGCCUGUCCCCCCGGGCUGUCGGGGCCCGCCUGCCGGGCCUGCGAGGCCAAGAGCGGGGACAAGCGCUGUGACCGCGAGUGCAACAGCCCGGGCUGCGGCUGGGACGGCGGCGACUGCUCGCUGAGCGUGGGCGACCCCUGGCGGCAGUGCGCGGCGCUGCAGUGCUGGCGCCUCUUCAACAACAGUCGCUGUGACCCCGCCUGCAGCUCGCCCGCCUGCCUCUAUGACAACUUCGAUUGCCGCGCGGGCGGCCGCGAGCGCGCCUGCAACCCAGUGUACGAGAAGUACUGUGCGGACCACUUUGCCGAUGGCCGCUGCGACCAGGGCUGCAACACGGAGGAGUGCGGCUGGGACGGGCUGGACUGUGCGGGCGAGGUGCCGGCCCUGCUGGCCCGCGGCGUGCUGGUGCUCACCGUGCUGCUGCCGCCCGAGGAGCUGCUGCGCUCCAGCGCCGACUUCCUGCAGCGGCUCAGCGGCAUCCUGCGCACCUCGCUGCGCUUCCGCCUGGACGAACACGGCCAGGCCAUGGUCUUCCCUUACCACCGGCCCGGUCCUGGCUCCGAAUCCCGGAACCGGCGGGAGCUGGCCCCUGAGGUGAUCGGCUCUGUGGUGAUGCUGGAGAUUGACAACCGGCUGUGCCUGCAGUCGCCCGAGAAUGACCACUGCUUCCCCGAUGCGCAGAGCGCGGCCGACUACCUGGGAGCGCUGUCGGCCGUGGAGCGCCUUGACUUCCCGUACCCGCUGCGCGCCGUGCGGGGGGAGCCCCUGGAGCUGCCAGAGCCAAGCGUGCCCUUGCUUCCCCUGCUGGCCGCCAGCGCCGUCUUCCUGCUGGUCAUCCUCGUCCUGGGUGUCAUGGUGGCCCGGCGCAAGCGCGAGCACAGCACCCUCUGGUUCCCCGAGGGCUUCGCGCUCCACAAGGAUGUGGCUGCCGGCCACAAGGGCCGGCGGGAGCCCGUGGGCCAAGACGCGCUGGGCAUGAAGAACAUGGCCAAGAGCGAGAGUCUGAUGGGGGAGGUGGCCACAGACUGGAUGGACACAGAGUGCCCAGAGGCUAAGCGACUGAAGGUAGAGGAGCCCUGUGUGGGGGCUGAGGAUGCCGUGGAUUGCCGCCAGUGGACCCAACACCACCUGGUUGCCGCAGACAUCCGUGUGGCACCAGCCAUGGCGCUGACACCCCCGCAGGGCGAUGUGGAUGCUGAUGGCAUGGAUGUCAAUGUGCGAGGCCCAGAUGGCUUCACUCCACUGAUGCUGGCCUCCUUCUGUGGGGGGGCCCUGGAGCCAAUGCCCACUGAGGAGGAUGAGGCAGAAGACACAUCAGCCAGCAUCAUCUCAGACUUGAUCUGCCAGGGAGCCCAGCUUGGGGCACGGACUGACCGCACAGGCGAGACAGCCCUGCACCUGGCUGCCCGCUACGCCCGGGCUGAUGCAGCCAAGCGGUUGCUGGAUGCUGGGGCAGACACCAAUGCCCAGGACCACUCAGGGCGCACUCCUUUGCACACUGCAGUCACCGCGGAUGCCCAGGGCGUGUUCCAGAUUCUCAUCCGGAACCGCUCCACAGACCUGGAUGCCCGCAUGGCGGAUGGCUCUACGGCACUAAUUCUGGCCGCCCGCCUGGCGGUGGAGGGCAUGGUGGAAGAGCUCAUUGCCAGCCAUGCUGAUGUCAAUGCUGUGGAUGAGCUUGGGAAAUCAGCCUUACACUGGGCAGCAGCCGUCAACAAUGUGGAGGCCACCUUGGCCCUGCUCAAAAAUGGAGCCAACAAGGACAUGCAGGAUAGCAAGGAGGAAACUCCACUGUUUCUGGCCGCCCGUGAGGGCAGCUAUGAGGCUGCCAAGCUGCUGCUGGACCACUUUGCCAACCGUGAGAUCACAGACCACCUGGACAGGCUGCCGCGGGAUGUGGCCCAGGAGCGGCUACACCAGGACAUCGUGCGUCUGCUGGACCAGCCCAGUGGGCCCCGCAGCCCUCACGGUCCUCAUGGCCUGGGGCCCCUCCUCUGUCCACCCGGGGCCUUCCUCCCUGGCCUCAAGGUGGCACAGUCGGGGGGCAAGAAGAGCCGGAGGCCACCGGGGAAGACGGGUCUGGGGCCACAGGGCACCCGGGGGCGGGGUAAGAAGCUGACACUGGCCUGCCCGGGUCCCCUGGCUGAGAGCUCAGUCACGCUGUCGCCCGUGGACUCGCUGGACUCCCCGCGGCCCUUCGGUGGGCCCCCUGCGUCCCCUGGUGGCUUCUCCCUCGAGGGGCCCUAUGCAGCAGCCACCGCCACGGCCGUGUCCCUGGCUCAGAUUGGUGGCGCGGGCCGGGCGGGUUUAGGGCGCCAGCCCCCUGGGGGCUGCGUGCUCAGCUUGGGUUUGCUGAACCCCGUGGCCGUUCCCCUCGACUGGGCCCGGCUGCCUCCACCUGCCCCGCCAGGCCCCUCAUUCCUGCUGCCGCUGGCGCCGGGACCCCAGCUGCUGAACCCCGGGACCCCCGUGUCCCCCCAGGAGCGGCCCCCGCCAUAUCUGGCAGCCCCGGGACACGCCGAGGAGUACCCGGCAGCCGGCGCCCAUGGCAGCCCCCCCAAGGCCCGCUUCCUGAGGGUUCCGAGCGAGCACCCUUACCUGACCCCAUCCCCCGAGUCCCCCGAGCACUGGGCCAGCCCCUCACCUCCCUCCCUCUCGGACUGGUCAGACUCCACGCCCAGCCCAGCCACUGCCACCGGGCCUACGGCCACAGCCGCUGGGGCGUUGCCUGCCCAGCCGCUCCCCCUUUCCGUCCCAGGCCCCCUAGCUCAGGCCCAGACCCAGCUGGGGCCCCAACCGGAAGUCACCCCCAAGAGGCAGGUGUUGGCCUGAAGGCUCUUCAGUUCCUGGAUUUUGGGGGGCUGAACAGAUAUCCCAUCCUGACUCUCUCCCUUUCUUUUUAGACCUUUCCAUUCUCUUCUCUCUCUCCCAGCCCUCCUGUAUCCCUCCCACCCCCCUUGAAGCUGACUGAGAUAGGUCACCAGCCUAGGCUUUUUCAGUCCUCCUUUAUUUAUAGGGGGUGCGGGCUGACCCCCGCCCUCUGAGCCUUGUGAUGAGCCUGGGACCUCCUCCUGCACUCCCCUUCCCCACUCUUCCUUCCCUCCUUCCCUUCCUGCCUCCUCUGGUCUCUCUCCUUACACUCUGACACGAGUGGAUUAUUAUUAUUUUUUUUUUUACAUUUUGUAUAGAAACAAAUUCAUUUAAGCAAACUUAUUAUUAUUAUUAUUUUUUACAAAAUAUAUAUAUGGAGACACUCCCUGCCCCUGCAAACCCCCCAGUGCCCCCGUGGGGCUGAGUCUGUGGGCCCAUUCGGCCAAGCUGGAUUCUGUGUACCGAGUACACAGGCAUGACCGGGAUCCUGUGUACCGAGUACACAACCCUGGUGUGUACCAAGUAGGCACCCUUGGGCGCACCCUCCGGGGCAGGGGUCGGGUGAGACUUGGGAGCCUCUUUCCUAUCCCACCUCCCUCACUUCACUGCAUUCCAGAUGGAACUUGUUCGAUAGCUUUGCCGGGGGGAAGGGCCCUUCUGGCCCGGAGAGCCUGCCCCGGGUCCCCCAACCCUAGAGCCUGGGCCACUCCCUUGGGGAACUGGGUGGGGGAGGCUGGUGAGAACACGAGGACCAGGGGAGAUGUGUGCGUUUCACUUUGUUUCCCUGUAAAUAUGGGACUGCAGGAAGGGAAGGAGCCGCCUGGGUGGCACCCCCCUCCUCCUGGCACUCCGCUGGCCCAGCCCCGGGGCAGAAUAGAAGUAUUUUUAGGCUAUUUUUGUAAUGUGGCUUCGGGUCACAAUCCCCGUGUAGCUAAAUUCCCGGGCCUUGCAUUGUACAGCCCCCACUCCCCUCACCACCUAAUAAAGGAAUAGUUAACACUC